CUCCUGAGAUGCUGCUUGGCCUGCUGUGUUCAUCCAGCCUCACAUUUUAUUAUCUUGGAAUUCUCCAGCAUCUGCAGUUCCCAUUAUCUCUAACAUAGUCACGCGGACUAGAAAGCGGGAGAAACCCCAGUGCGCAAGCGCGUAGAGUUAAGUCGCUGGCCGUCGUUUCUGAAGCGGAGGCGGAGAGAGACUUGGCAGAGGAUUAGGAGAAUUGGGAAUCUGGGCGGUGAGAUGGGGUGUUGGGGAUCUGCCCAGCGGGAUAGGGAGAUUCGGAAAUGAGGAUGAUGUCGUUAUUUAUGCUCCUGUUUUGGCUUUGCGGUGUGAAGAGCCGCGGUUACCUUGGCAACCUGCCGCCAUUUUGUUUAAGGCACCAGCGGCGAUAGGCUCGGCUCUUCCGAGAACAGCAGCAGCAUUGAGUGUUUCCUCUGCCAAUGACUAUCCUGUCCAGCGUCCGCGGCCCGUAUUACUGUUUCUGACUUCCCAUGCCCAACGCUUCCGCAAUGCGUAGUAGAACUUCGAUCCAGGUGAACCCUCCGCCUCUCGGAUCAUCGGUAGAAGCUAGACCUGCCUCCUAUUUGUGGCAGUAACUAUCGUAUCUUACAGCAGAGGGAGCAGUGAGAACGAGGACCAGGGAACUGCCGGGAGUUAAGUUUCCCACUUAAAAACUUAUCUCAUGCAAUCAGUGGCCUCCAUUUUUUACAGCAGCAGCAGCGGAUGCAGUGACGUUGAGAACCAAGGGGCUGCUGGGAAGGUUGAACCUCUGAGCUGACCAUCCAGAAUCAGCAAUGCCGGUACCAAGCAGCCUGAUACCAUCCCGGUUUUUGACACUUGUGGCUCAUUUAGUCAUUGUCAUCGACAUCUUUUGGUCCAGGGAGAACAAUGUUUUGGCCAGUCUUCCACCCACGUACACCCUUCAUCAAUAUCAAAGCAGUGACACAGAAUUAAUUGUGGCAUUGUCAGUGACUCUAGGCAUGUUUCUAAUCGAGCUGCUGGGCUUCUUCUCUGGCGUCUCCAUGUUCAACAGCACCCAGAGCCUCAUUUCUAUUGCAGCACACUGUAGUGCUUGCAUCUGUCUUUCCUUCUUUGUCUUUGCGAAAUGGGAGUGUUGGACCUACUGGUAUAUCUUUAGCUUCUGCAGUGCUCUUCCAGCAAGUAUUGAAAUCGUUCUGAUGAUUGCAGUUUUUGGGUUGAAGAAGAAGCCAUUGUGAAUGUACCAAAACCCCUUAUUACUGGAAUCCACCAGUAAAGUAACAAGAAUAGUGGAAGAUGUGACCAAUUGCAAUGGAUCCCCACUCAGGAUUGUGCUGUGGAUACUGGCAACAUUUGUGGAACUUUCCAGGACAUGUUACAAACCAUGAAUGUCAUUGUCUAUAUUAUAUAACCUUGAUAUCUCCUUCUUCAUUAUAGAUAGUAUGGAUCUCAUUAUAAAUUGUGUACAAUAUUGAACAUUUUUUAGCAUCUCCGGCUUCAAUAUUAUCUAUCAGAACCUGCAUUAUGUGUGUGUACGAGUAUCUCCAUUUCAGAACAUGGAUAUCACAGUUUAUGUUAUUGAACAUGUUUACUUCUAGGAUCUCUGUUCCAGAAGAUGUGUAAUCAAUCUCCAUUAUAAAAAGUAUACAUUACUACCUUCUUUAGAGUCCUUUGUGUUUACUAAUGUCCUCCUCACAGAUCAAACUGUGGAAUAUCCGGGGAGAAGUUAGUUCUUUUGCAGUUCUGAUCAUUUGCCUGCUUCUAUAUACACUGUGACACAUAUGAGCAGAAUACUGUUGGAGUGUGUUAAACUGUCCAACAGAUGGGAAGGUUAGAUGCAGAUCCAGCUUCUUUCUUAUUGGAUGUUAGUUCACUACCACAUUGGUUACUCCUAUCAGGGAAGCUGAACUAACUGACCUCAGCUGAGGUGAUGUCUGGAACUGACCUUAGUGCCCCUGAGUAAGGGAAAGUGAAUAUCAACUACAGUUCCCACUUCUGUGAUGUAUGUAGGAAAGUACAUGUUUGUGUGGUUAAUUCAGGAUUAUUCCUGCAAUUGAGUAAGCUAGACGCAUAAAAUAUUUGCAGUUUAAUGAUGAAUUAGAAAGGGGUGGAUUUCCAUGUCUUCAUGGGUACAGACGGCCUUAAUCGUGAUCUUGGGUUCAUGUUACCCCAUGUAACCCCACCAUACUGUUCUGUAUCUAUAAGAUCUUCCUUAUUGUUCAGUUUUGACACCAUCACCUCUAACUUGUUAUGAUCUCUCCACCUUAAUUAGUUUGUACAGUUUUGGAUUACUUGUUACUUUGGUUAAACCCUCAGCCUUCGACUCUCACACCUAUUAUGUUAUUCCAGCCAUUUGGUUUGGUUCCAUCACCACCCUAGUUUGAAUUUUUUUGUAAUUAUCUCUUAGCCUCAAUUAAUCGGAUUAAAGGUCAUCCCUUCACUUGCUGUUCAGCUGUUGACACUUGAUUCACAUUGUCUGACACUUUUGAUCACCUGCAGAGACUUAUUAUUCAUCCAGUCAAUACUCCAGCCACACCAUUUGUACAAUCUUUUGAUCUUUCUGCCUACAAAUUAUAUGCCUGUGAGAUUCUCUUCAUUCCACCUAAGGAGCAGCACUGCAAAAGCUUGCAAUUUUAAAUAAACCUCUUGGACUAUAA